AUGGAUGGUGAGCGUGAGACCCCAUUGGAUUCCGAGGGUUGGCAAACCGAGGCUCAAAGCGUCAUCCAAGACGUCCGCGGUCACGUACAAGUCAUCACAACUUCAAGCAUUCUUCAUUGCGGCAAUACGCGCAUCUACUUGAAUUUGACUACCCAAGAAGGUGAUCGGUUUACUAUCGAGCUCUCCAGGCAAGGCUUCCGGGUUGUGGGGUCGGACCACGAUAAUUUGUCCCUCGACAACGCCGAGGACCCUGCCUACUUUGAAACGCCCUACAGUCUCUUGGGCUCGGUCAGUCCCGCCUUCAGCACCAGUUUCGGGGCUAAGCUCUGCGAGCGAUUGGCUCAACUCCAAGCCAAAGAGCUCCCUCUCAACGCCAUAUAA